AUGUUCAUCGUAUUCAGGACGAGCCAUGACACCGUCUCCCCCCUCUUGACGUUUCCAGGUCACGAACAAAGUUUUGAUCUGGAUGAAGGCCACGAAGUCUAUGAAUUUCUGAAUAUUGAAGAAUGGGUCGAUUCUGUCAACUCUUUCGGAUUUAAUGGUGGUUUCCCUCAGGUACUUGCCUAUGUGUGGGUUUCUUGGUUAAUUCACCGGAUGAGAUCAAAAAAGGCGUGUAUUUAUAGUUUAACCAAUAACAAUCCUACAGAAAAUCGGUGUGUUUGUCAUGUGAGAUGACGAUUCUCAAGCAAAAGUCGAGUUUUUGAUGCCUCCAAUUUCCACCUUCAGCUAGAAACUCAACUUUAAUGCAAAAUUGUGGGAAUAAAAGUGGGGUUUAUUGGGAAUAAUUGUGAACCAGUUAUUGAGGAACCAACAUCACUUGAACCACAGGCUGCAAAUUUAUCUUUAAGUGAAAUUUAGGAUUAUUACUAUGAAGAUUUUGGUGAAAUACCAACUAUUAAAAUCAAUAUGGAAUAAUUCACAGUGAAUAGUGAAUUUGUAGAAUACAAUUCAAAAUAACAUGG